AUGAAUCCCACUUCUAUAGCCAGCUCGCCAAAGAUCUCUCCAAACUCCGAACCCAGUACACUGCCCCAUCGCCCUCUGCGAAGCUCAGACUCACCCAGAGACGCACCCAUACCCGACGACGACCAUGGUGCAGAUCUCCCAAUGAACAUGUCAGCAUCUGUCAUGUUGACCAACCUACCUCGCGAUGCGACACAGGCACUGGCAGACGUUGAAACUAUCGACUCGGGGAAAGUCACCGUUCGCUUCCAGCCUCUACCAUCUGCUCCGAUUCUUAAGAAUAAAGUGUUCAAGGUGAGCGCAUCACAGAAAUUCGAAACGGUUGUCAAGUUCUUGCGCAAGAAGCUGGAUUGCAAAGAGACCGAUUCUGUCUUUUGUUAUGUCAACAGUGUAUUCGCGCCCGGGUUGGAUGAAGGCGUGGGUGGACUUUGGAGGUGCUUCAAGACUGACGACCAAUUGAUUGUGGCGUAUUCAAUGACUCCAGCAUUCGGUUGA